AUGGCUAUUUCUAAUGGUAGUGAAUUUAGAUUUUGUGAACUUAAAAGAUUAUGGAAAGCUACUAUUCCGUGGAAAGUCAAGUUGUUUGGGUGGAGAUGGAUCUUGGGAGCCUUACCGACGAGAAAAGAACUUUGGCAUAGAGGUGUGAUUUUAGGGGUGGAAGCUUCUCUUUGUCCCUUAUGUGAUUUAGAAGAGGAAUUUGUUGGUCACCUUUUUCUUAAGUGUGGUAAAGUUAAAUAUAUAUGGAAGGAAGUGUUCUCGUGGUUUGGCUUGGAUUUUGAUGUUCUAUUGGGAAGUUCGGAUAUUGAUACUAUUGUUACCGGAGAAGAUGUGCUUUUAUUUCUAUUAAAUUCUUUGGAUGGUAGAGUGAAGUCAUCUUUUUUCGCUUUUAUUUGGCCUUUGGUUUGUUGGAGCAUUUGGAAUGCUAGAAAUAGUUUGGUCUUUGAACACUCUAAUUGGAAUGUGGUUGAGAUUUUAUUGCUUAUUAAAUCAAUUGGGUGGGAUUGGAUUUCUAUUUUGUCUAAGGGGAAUAUAGAUAUUACUAGAGAUUUGUGGUUUGCUAAUCCUGCUAAUUGCAUUGGAUUGUAA